ACUUUGUCGUCUCUCCGCUGCAGUUCUCUUGAGGUGCUGCUUCUGAGAGUCUUGCCUGCCAUCAUGUCCACCUCUGUGCAGGUAGAGGCGAUCGCAGAGAGGAGCCAUGGGACAGUGGGCCGCUGCCGGUGCUCGUUCUGGUUCGCUGUGGCCCACGACAUCCUCGGCGUCUUCAUAAUGAUGGUGGGGGUGUUCGGGGGGCUGGUCAUCCACGACCUGUUCAUCUACGCCGGAGCCAUAAUCAUUUUCCUCAGUUUGAUCUGGUGGGUGUUCUGGUACUCAGGCAACAUCGACGUGCCGCCCGAGGAGCUGGAGGACGACGUAGGCCUGAUGAAGAAGAAGAAUCGAGGGCUGAGCCAGGCUGUGAGACGAGUGUCUAACGGGAUCAGGAACUCUUUGAGGAGGAAAGGUCGACCUGGCGGAGAGGAGUCCUCAGGGGACCACGUACCUACGGUCUCUGGUACAGAUGUGGCCUUCUCGACACAAAAUGGAACCACUGCCUCAUCAAAAGAACUUGUCAGAGAACCUCUGUCCAUCUGAACUUGAACAGACUAAAGUUGGAUAUUUUUUCGUUUCCUCUGUUUUGAAAGGACUUUCAGGUUUGCCUACAACGGUAAUCAUUAGUCAACACU